CUGUUCCUAAUUUUGCAAGUGACCGGUGUUUAGGAAAUUAUAGUAAAAUGUUCACCUAUUUUUCUUGGAUAAAUAAUCUCUAUGUGUGCCUAUUUAUUAUUUGUUCGUUUGUGAUCUGUGCUCAAUCGGACGUUCCAAGACCUCGCGGUGUUCCUUUAUCCAAAGCACCGUUGUACGCUGCAAAUAAAGAUUUUACCUGUUUCGAUGGAACUUUAACUAUUCCAUUCGCUUUCGUAAAUGAUGACUACUGCGACUGUUUUGAUGGCAGUGAUGAGCCGGGAACGGCGGCGUGUUUGAACGGAGUUUUCUACUGUACUAACGCCGGUCACCGACCGCAGAAUAUUCCAAGCUCUCGCGUCAAUGACGGAGUUUGCGACUGCUGUGAUGGGACAGAUGAAUACGCCACGCAAGAGGGCUGCCCCAACAUCUGCGAGGAGCUCGGCAAAGAAGCUAGGUACGAAGCACAGCGGAUCGCAGAGUUGCACAAAGCUGGCAACAGUUAUAGGCUAGAACUGAUCGAAAAAGGAAAUAAAAAACGAAGCGAGAUGGGAGAACAACUCGCUCAGUUAGAAAAAGAUAAAGCAGAGGCUGAGAAAAUUAAAUUAGAGAAAGAAACCCUCAAAAAUGAAUUGGAGGCUAAGGAAAAUGAUGUUCUCAAAGUUUACAGGGAGGCAGAAGAAUUGGAAAGACAGAAAAAGGCCGAAGAAGAGAAAGAACAGAUGAUUAAGGAAGCAACUGAGUUCUUUAACAAAUAUGAUAAAGAUAAUGAUGGUAUCCUGACUAAGGAAGAAAUGAUGGAAAUAUCACUCUUUGAUAGGGGUAAUGAUGGGGAGGUAGAUGAGGAUGAUUUUAAGUACUUCAUUAAUGAUAAUGAUACUGUUGAUAAGGAAACUUUUGUUUCUACUACUUGGUCUAUGGUGAAACCACUACAAAUGAUGCAGCAAAACACAUUCAAAGCUCCAGCUGAUGAUGAUGAUGAACAUGAGCCAGAACCUGAUGACGAACCAUAUGAUAUUAGCAAAGAAGUGGCCAAUGAGGACACUGAAACAGAAGAUGAGAACGCUGAUGUUGGCCCACAUGAAGAUGCUGAGGAGCUUGAUGAAGCUGAUGAGGAACCAGUGCAAAAAUCAACUUACGAUGAGGAAACACAAAAACUCAUAGAUGAAGCUUCAGAGGCACGUCGCCAAUAUACAGAUGCAGAGCGUACUGUUAGAGAAAUUGAAGCUAAUAUGAGAAAUAUCCAAGACAAUUUGGAAAAAGAUUAUGGUCUGCAACAAGAAUAUGCCACUUUAGAUGGGCAGUGCUUAGAAUUUGAAGACAAGGAGUAUGUAUAUAAGCUGUGCCUGUUCCAGAAAGUUACCCAAAAAUCAAAAAAUGGAGGAGGAGAGGUUGGUUUAGGCAACUGGGGUGAAUGGGCAGGCACUGAUAAUAACAAAUAUUCUGCCAUGAAAUACACAAAUGGAGUGUCUUGCUGGAAUGGCCCACAGAGAACCACUACUGUAGCAAUACAGUGUGGAUUAGAAACAAAACUGUUAUCUGUUUCAGAACCAUAUCGCUGUGAAUAUAAAAUGGAGAUGAGCACUCCAGCUGCAUGUGAUGAACUAAGUUUGCCACAGCACUCAUCACAUGAUGAGCUGUGAGAUUUCGUACGUUAUACGUUUCUACACCUACAGUGUUGCGUAAAAUAUAAGUUAUGGUAAAUGAAGUAAAUCAGUCAUCAUUGUCCAUUGAAGUUUUUUAAGAAUGUUGUAGAAUGUCACAACAUGUAUUUUAAUUUGUAUUCAUAUUUGAUUUUCAGCACAUAAUCUGUUUCUCUAUGUCAUAUUGCAUAGAAUAAAAUGUAGCUGCUAAGUAGAAAAUAACUUUUAAGAUGUCGUAUUUUGAUGGUGUUAAUUUUCAUACAAUUUUUGUUAAAUCCAUUUUGAAAAAAAUGGAAGACUGAAGUAUAACAAAAUCGUAAUCAUGAUUAAGUUCCACACAUUCCUGAAACAGAAGGCUGUUUUAGUUC